UUAAUGACGAACGUAACCUUUGACCCUGAAGUUUACGUUUGUCAGGGAGCUCACGCCACUCAUUUAGCAAUAUCAGGCGAGAAACAUGAUUUUGUAGAACUGGGUUCUUGUGGCAGAAACACAUUAUCAUGAGUAAAGACAAGAAAAAUGGAGAGGUGAGCUUUUUGCUGGGGGACACUGAGGGAGAGGAGGAUACUACGGAUGCUGUGGAUCCCCCUGAGGUACCUCACGAGGAUCAUCAUGAAGAGAAAAAGGACAGCGUCCCCUCACUGAUACACAGCUCCUCAAAAGAGGACACCACAGAACCAAAGCUCAAGAAUCUGCCCACCAACUUUUCCCAUGGAAAACAGAUUGGGCAUAGGUUUACAUACCAAGAUAAAAGGUUUCUAGAUUUUCAUCUGAUACCUGCUAAGCAUUCUAUGUCAGGGGCCAGUAAUCUUGAUAGCAGGGGGAGGCGACUUAGCUACCACCCCAAGGACUUCUCUGUAGCCACCCCCGAGGAAUUUGUCAAGAGGUUCGGAGGAAAUAAAGUCAUCAACAAAGUGCUGAUAGCUAACAAUGGAAUCGCGGCUGUUAAGUGUAUGCGGUCAGUCAGAAGAUGGGCCUAUGAGAUGUUCAGGAAUGAGCGAGCCAUUAGAUUUGUUGUCAUGGUUACACCAGAGGAUCUCAAAGCUAAUGCAGAAUACAUCCGAUUAGCGGACCAGUAUGUCCCAGUACAGGGGGGUACAAACAACAAUAAUUAUGCCAAUGUAGAACUUAUACUGGAUAUAGCCAAGAGGACUCAAGUACAGGCUGUUUGGGCUGGCUGGGGCCAUGCCUCUGAGAAUCCCAAGUUACCAGAACUUCUCCAUAAAAAUGGAAUAAUAUUUAUUGGUCCACCAGAGGGAGCAAUGUGGGCCCUGGGAGACAAGAUUGCCUCCUCUAUUGUAGCCCAGACUGCUAAAGUCCCAACUAUGCCAUGGAGUGGAUCAGGCCUGACCCUGAACUACUCCAAGAGUGACAACAAGCCUGUGAAUGUGCCCACAGACCUUUACAGGAAGGGGUGUGUCGUGGAUGUAGAUGAGGGUCUGAAGUCAGCCAACAAGAUCGGGUUCCCCGUGAUGAUCAAAGCCUCAGAGGGAGGGGGAGGGAAAGGGAUCAGGAAGGCAGAAAACGCUGACGACUUCCCCAAUCUCUUCAGACAGGUACAGGCUGAGGUCCCGGGGUCUCCUAUCUUUAUUAUGAAGCUGGCCACACAUGCCCGACACUUGGAGGUCCAGAUCCUGGCUGAUAACUAUGGUAAUGCCAUCUCCCUGUUCGGGAGGGACUGCUCCAUCCAGAGGAGACAUCAGAAGAUCAUUGAAGAGGCACCGGCCUCCAUUGCCAAACCAGAGGUGUUUGAAAAGAUGGAACAGGCUGCGGUGACACUAGCUAAGAUGGUGAGAUAUGUCAGUGCUGGUACGGUGGAGUAUCUGUAUAACGAGGAGACGGAGACCUUCCACUUCCUGGAGCUUAAUCCACGUCUACAGGUGGAACAUCCGUGUACAGAAAUGGUGGCAGACAUCAACCUCCCAGCCGCUCAGUUACAGAUUGCAAUGGGUUUGCCCCUGUACCGAUUGAAGGACAUCAGACAGUUAUAUGAGGUGGAUACUUGGGGGGACAGCCCUAUUGACUUCUCUAAUCCCUCCAUACACCCCAGACCUAGGGGUCAUGUUAUAGCAGCCAGAAUAACCAGUGAAAACCCGGAUGAAGGAUUUAAGCCUAGUUCUGGGACUGUCCAGGAGUUGAAUUUCCGCAGCAGUAAGAAUGUGUGGGGGUACUUCAGUGUGUCUGCCACUGGAGGCUUACAUGAGUAUGCUGACUCCCAGUUUGGACACUGCUUCUCCUGGGGAGAGAACCGUGAGGAUGCCAGAGAGAAUUUAGUGGUGGCAUUGAAGGAGCUCUCGAUCCGUGGAGACUUCCGCACAACAGUGGAAUACCUCAUCAAACUCUUCGAAACAGAGGAAUACCAGAACAACAAGAUAACGACAGGCUGGCUGGACAAACUGAUAUCUGAGAAUGUUCAGGCAGAGAAGCCAGACGUCAUGCUGGGGGUGAUAUCCGGAGCGCUCCACAUUGGAGACCACCAGAUCCAGGAGUGUUUCCAGAUGUUCCAGACUUCCCUGGAGCGGGGACAGAUCCUGCCAGCCACAUCACUGAAAAAUCAUGUGGAUGUGGAGUUUAUAAGUGAAGGGAUCAAGUAUAAUGUCAAGGUGGUGAAGACGGGGCCAAACAAUUACUUUAUUUGUAUGAAUGACUCCAUGCUGGAAGUGGAGGCCCACAGGCUAAGUGAUGGUGGCUUGUUGAUCUCGUUUGAUGGAGCCAGCUUCACUACGUACAUGAAGGACCAAGUGAGCAGCUACAGGAUUACUAUAGGAAACAAAACCUGUGUCCUACAUAAAGAGAACGACCCUACCAAACUCAGGUCUCCCUCUGCUGGUAAGCUGUUGAAUUACAUGAUAGAUGAUGGUGGUCAUGUGUUUGCGGGGGAUGUGUACGCAGAGAUAGAGGUCAUGAAGAUGGUCAUGGAACUAAGGGUCACAGAAAAUGGAUGUGUUCAUUAUGUAAAGAGGCCUGGAGCAGUAUUGGAGGGGGGCAGUAUUGUAGCCAACCUUGACCUGGAUGACCCCAGUCGUGUCCAGCAGGCCCAGAGCUUCAAAGGGAAACUCCCCCAGCCUCAGGCCCCUCCCACACAUGGGGAGAAACUCCACCAGAUCUUCCAGAGCACUAGGGCAGAGCUGGAGAAUAUUCUGGCCGGGUACACACUGCCAGAUCCUUACUUUAAACCUAAACUACAGACCUCUAUAGAGAGACUGAUGAAGUGUCUGAGGGAUCCAUCACUACCUCUACUGGAGCUGCAGGAUCUUGUUGCCAUGAUAUCUGGGAGAAUUCCUCCACAAGUGGAGAAAGCCAUCAAAAAGCAGCUUCAGUCAUACUCCAGUAACAUCACUUCUGUACUUAGUCAGUUCCCAAGUCAACAGAUUGCGAAUGUGAUAGACAGCCAUGCUGCCACACUUACAAGAAGAACAGAGAGAGAAAACUUCUUCAUGACAACACAGGGCAUAGUUCAACUAGUUCAGAGAUAUCGUAAUGGAAUUAGGGGACACAUGAAGAGUGUUGUACAGGACUUACUGAAACAGUAUGUCAGAGUAGAGGUCCAAUUUCAACAUGGUCACUAUGAUAAAUGUAUAGCUCAGCUGAUAUCUAAGACCAAGGAUAUGUCUGCUGUCGCUGGUAGCAUCUUCUCUCAUCUGGCUGUACAGAAGAAAAACAUUCUCAUCACCAUGCUCAUUGACCACAUGUGCAGGAAAGAAGCUGGUUUGACUGAUGAGUUGGCUUCCAUUCUUACUGAGCUCACUACAUUGAACAAUGCUGAGAAUGCUAAAGUAGCCCUCAGGGCCAGACAGGUGUUGAUAGCUGCUCACACUCCCCCUUAUGAACUCAGACAUAAUCAAAUGGAAUCCAUUUUUCUCUCUGCCAUUGACAUGUAUGGACCAGAAUUCAACCCGGAAAAUCUACAGAAAAGAAAGGCUUAUUUGGAUUUCUUGUAUGACAAAAUCAUCCAUUCAGAGACAGCCAUUUAUGACAUCCUUCAGGAAUUCUUCUGGCAUCCUAACAACCUAGUCAGAUCUGCUGCCUUAGAGGUGUACAUUAGGAGAGCAUACAUUGCUUAUGAGGUGAACUGUCUCCAGCAUAGAGAACUUAAUGGGGAUAUGUCAAUGGUGGAAUUUAGAUUCCUCCUCCCCAGGUCACACCCCAACAGGCUGAUGGUGAUGCGCUAUGACAGCAGUGACAAGGUGUCUGGUCUGUCAGACCCUGAAGCCCACAUCGAUCAGCUGGAGGAACCGCCCACAUGUCAGAGAAUGGGCAUCAUGGCGUCAUUUAACUCAAUGGCAGAAUUCGAAAUCUUCUUUGAGCAGGUGUUGGAAUGUUUUACAACGGAGUCAGACAGCCCACCUAGCAGUCCAACUAUACUGGCCAAGAGUCCAGCCGGCAAUGAGGACUCCAUCUCUCUACAUAGUUCCUCAGAUCCUGAUGAGCCAAUCCAUAUCAUAAAUGUAGGAAUUAAAUUCAGCAAAAAGGAGAAGUACGACGACAAUGCUCUAGCAGUCAAGUUCCAGGACUUUUGUAAAGAAAGGGAGCAGUAUUUGUGUGAGAAGGCAAUCAGAAGAAUCACGUUUCUGGUCUACUGUAGGAGAAGUUCGCCAAAAUAUUUCACAUAUCGUGCCAAAUUUGAUUUUGGUGAGGACAGGAUUUAUAGACAUUUGGAACCAGCCCUGGCUUUCCAGCUGGAGAUCAACAGACUGCGGAACUUUGAUCUGGAGGCUAUACAGACCAACAACUACAAGAUGCAUUUGUAUCUGGGAAAAGCUAAGGUAGCAGCCGGGCAGGAAGUGACGGAUUACAGAUUCUUUGUGAGAGUGAUAAUCAGGCACUCUGACCUCGUCACCAAGGAGGCCUCUUUUGAGUACUUACAAAAUGAAGCAGAGAGAACCCUCCUAGAGGCUUUGGAUUCAUUAGAAGUGGCAUUCUCCCAUCCACUGUCCAAGAAGACUGACUGUAACCACAUAUUCCUGAACUUUGCACCAACUCUGACCAUUCCAGAACCAGGCAAGCUGGAGGAGACAGUCCGAGCUAUGGUGAUGAGAUAUGGCAGUCGUCUCAUGAAGAUGCGAGUUCUCAAUGCCGAGCUGAAAUUCACAAUAAAAUUUGCAUCCAGUGAUACAAGCAUUCCUAUUCGUCUAUACCUGACCAAUGAGAGUGGAUAUUACUUGGACAUGAGCAUGUAUAGAGAAGUCACGGAUCCAAACAUGGGACAAGUGAUGUUUGAAGCCUAUGGAACAAAACAAGGAGCCCUUCAUGGUCUACUGAUCAGCACCCCUUACCCCACAAAGGACCAUCUACAGCUUAAGAGAUUCCAGGCCCAGUCAAGCGGAACAACUUAUGUCUAUGAUUUUCCAGGAAUGUUCACUCAGGCCUUACAGAAGUUUUGGAAGGACCACAGAGAGGAAAACAAGAUUCCUGCUGAUGCCUUCAGUUGUAUAGAACUGGUCCUGGACAAAGACAACAACCUCUGUAAACAGAACAGACUACCAGGGGAAAACGAGAUUGGAAUGGUAGCCUGGCAGAUGACCUUGAAGACACCAGAAUGCCCUGAGGGUCGUGAUAUCAUAGUAAUAUCUAAUGACAUAACGUAUAAGAUUGGCUCAUUUGGACCUGUGGAGGACCUCCUGUUUAAGAAAGCAUCAGAGAAAGCCAGAAGAGAGGGACUUCCCCGAAUCUUUAUCUCCGCUAACAGUGGAGCCAGGAUAGGACUGGCCGAGGAGAUCAAGCACCUGUUUAAGGUGGCCUGGAAUGACCCCAAAGAUAUAGAAAAAGGAUUUAAAUACCUGUACCUCACCCCUGUAGAUUUCAAGAAAGUUAGUGCCAUGAAUUCCGUCCAUGCCGAACUUAUAGAAGACGAGGGAGGACCGAGAUAUAAAAUUAUUGACAUCAUUGGUAGAGAGGAAGGAUUGGGGGUAGAGAAUUUAAGAGGGUCAGGAAUGAUUGCUGGGGAGUCAUCUAUAGCUUACAACGAUAUAAUUACAAUCAAUUUGGUAACCUGUCGAGCUAUAGGGAUAGGUGCUUAUCUGGUCAGACUUGGACAGAGAACUAUACAGGUGGAGAACUCCCACAUCAUCCUCACUGGUGCAGGUGCACUUAACAAGGUCCUUGGGAAGGAGGUAUACACCAGUAACAAUCAGUUGGGAGGAAUCCAGAUCAUGUACACUAAUGGAGUCACGCAUGACGUUACAGCAGACGAUUUUGAGGGAGUCUACAAAAUCAUCAAAUGGCUGUCAUAUAUGCCUAAGUGUAAGGGUUCUCCAUUACCAGUACUAGACACAGGAGAUCCUAUAGACAGACCAGUAGACUUCAUCCCCACAAAAGCUCCUUAUGAUCCCAGAUGGAUGCUGAAUGGCCGACAAAAUCCAGAUGAUAAGAAUUCCUGGCAGAAAGGAUUCUUUGAUCACAAGUCUUUUCAUGAAAUCCUACAUCCUUGGGCACAAACUGUGGUCACAGGUCGUGCAAGGUUGGGAGGGAUCCCAGUGGGUGUGAUAUGUGUGGAGACUAGAACUGUAGAAAUGACCAUACCAGCUGAUCCGGCCAAUCUGGACUCGGAGACCAAAGUGAUACAACAAGCUGGUCAAGUAUGGUUCCCUGACUCGGCGUAUAAGACAGCUCAGGCCAUUAAAGAUUUCAACAGAGAGGACCUCCCUCUCAUGGUGUUCGCUAACUGGAGAGGAUUCUCUGGGGGAAUGAAAGAUAUGCACGAUCAGGUCCUGAAAUUUGGCUCAUACAUUGUGGAUGCCCUCACAGAAUAUAAUCAACCCAUCAUGAUUUACAUACCUCCUUAUGCAGAGCUGAGGGGUGGAGCCUGGGUAGUGGUAGACCCAACAAUUAACCCCACCCAUAUGGAAAUGUAUGCAGAUGAACUCAGCAGGGGAGGUGUCCUUGAGCCAGAGGGAACUGUUGAAAUCAAGUUCAGGAGGAAAGAUUUGGAGAAGACCAUGCAGAGACUGGAUCAGACCUGUGUCCAGAUAGUGGAGAAACUGACAAGUCCACAGCUGAAUCCGGAUGAAAAGGAAGAGCUCCAGAAGCAGUUGGCAGCUCGCCAGGAAAAGUUACUUCCUAUGUACCACCAGGUGGCGAUACAGUUUGCUGACCUCCAUGACACUCCUGGUAGGAUGGAGGAAAUGGGGGUUAUUACUGACAUACUUAAAUGGCAGAACAGUAGGGAGUUCUUCUACUGGCAUCUGAAGAGACGGUUGUUGGAGAGACAACUUAAGAAGAAGAUGAAGCAGUUCACACACAAUGUAGGGGAGGGGGAGCUCAACUCAAUGUUACACCGCUGGUUUGUGGAGGACAGGGGCACUGUCAAUGCCUACCUAUGGGAGGAUGACAAAGCUAUGGUGGAGUGGUUAACAGAACAGAUCAGUGAGGACAGUAUUGACAAUGCUGUAUCAGACAACAUCAGGUGUCUACAGAGGGAGCACGUCCUACAACAAGUCAGGAGCUUGAUACAAAACAAUCCAGAGGUUGCCAUGGAUUCCAUUGUCCACAUCACACAGCACAUGACCUCAAGUCAAAGGUCAGAAGUCUCCAGAAUUCUGGCCAACAUGGACACGUGAUGAGAAUGGACAAUUAGAAUCAACACUGACAGUAUUUACAAACAUAUCAUUGAAGAAAUCAUUAGAAACCAUUAGGUGCAAUUUGGAUCAAAUAUUUGCAUUAAAAUGCAUACAUGAAAUCCAUAUCUGUCAUUCAUAAUGACUUAAUUAUUAGAAUUAUUUAUAAAUCCGUUUUGUAAUUCAAUUCAGUAUGAUAUAUGAGCCAUUGCCAGGGUUUGAAAAAGAUUAUAUUUGUUUUAAUUUAUUAUAACUCUAUCUAUGAUGAAUAUCAUAAUUUAGUGCUGA